UUGGCAGAAAUUGCUGUUGCUAAGAUAGUGGGCGAAAUUCCAGCAUUCCAGCGUUCCAGCGUGCGUAGUUUAUUCCGUUCUGUUCUAUUUGGGGAACCUUUGUCGUGUGGCUUGGCCGGAGCAUUGGUUUGUGUGUAGUCCUUGGACGAGCCCGUGAUUGUUAUUAGUUGUUAUGUUAUUUCCUCGCUGCUGUAAUGGCGCCCCCGUGAGCAGCAAGGUCUCGGUCCCCGCGACGGCGUAGCGGUUCAGUGAACAAUACCACAUUUAACCACCAAAAUUAUACAAUCUCGCGGGUCUGUUCGGGUUUUUUUUUUUUUUUUUUUGUGUGUGUGUAGAAAACCGAGUCCUCAUUUCUGUCCUGACAAGUUUUACUCAACGUAACGCGAUAGCUCCAGUUAGUCGCUCCUCCGUACAAUGUGUUGCUGCUUCCGUCUGGCUAAGUAAACGUACCUCCAGCGCUCCGCCAUUCCGGCCUUUCCGGCUUUUCCGGCUUCCUCAGCGUCCCGCAAACACGUACAUCUAGACUUACAUCCUGGCUUUUAGCUUACAGCUGGCAUCGACGAUAUACUUCUAAGUCGACUAUAGCCUCCGGCUUCAUUUGUCUUACAUUUCAUAAUGUCGUGGAUCCGGUCGAAUCUGGCGAAGGUCGGGACGUUCGCCGGGUCGGUGGUGCAGAAAGCGGGGGAUGCCGUGGAGCGAGGCGCCAAGCUGGUGUACGAGCAGGCGGAGAGCGCAGUGGUGGGUCGGCCGCACAACAGUUUCCGACACGCCAUACGGCGGAUAGAGGAGGUGUCGUCCCUCGCACGCGGCAGCGAGCGGAAAGAAGCGUUGGCUCGCUGGCUGGCCGCGCUCUCAGACAUCCAGCAGGAGACCGAACGGCUGCAGGCGCAGUUCCAGAGAAGGAAGAAGAAGCAGGAGAAGCAGGAGAAGCAGGAGAAGCAGGAGAAGCAGGAGAAGUGGGAGAAGCAGGAGCAGAAGAAGCAGGGGGAGGUGACAACUGUGUCAGCUGCUAAUGAUGGUGCCGGUGCUUCUGCCUUGAGCUCAGAACGAGAAAAGACGGAAGCAGCAGGAACGGAGGGGGGUGAGGCACACCCAGAGGCUGUAGCCGAUGCAAAGGGAGCAGCGGCUGGUACAGUUGGCGGUGAAGGCACAGAUGACAGGGCUAAGGCUGGAGGGGAAGGGAAAGGUGUUGGGGAGGCAGGAAUAUCAGAGGAGGCUGUAAUGGAGGACGGGCGAGUGACGGUAGAUGGAGCUGACGGGAAAGCAGAUUCAGGAGCAGCAUCCGAUGCAGUCUCAGGGGCAUCACCAGCAGCACCGUCAAAGGAUGGGAUUGUAGGGGAUGGCGCAGCAGCAGAAGCAAGCACCAAACCAGCUGAAACAGCCGAAACCGCAGCAGCAGAAGCAGAGGAGGUAUCAUCGAUAGGAGAUGGAUCGUCGCAGGAUGGGUCAGCCUAUUCACUAUCACGUUCGGGAUCAACAGGACGAGCUUCCAUGGUUCUCUUCUAUGAUCCUGACGCCGGCAACGAGGCUCUUAACUUCAGGGACGUGUUUCUGCGCUCUAGUGCUCUGGAGCACAUAGUGGCGUCGGUGGUGAUGGAGCCGGGGGACGACGAGGAGAUGCACCUGCUGCGAGGGCUGCUUGGCCUCUGUCUGGCCCUCUCCUCCUCCCAGUGCGACGAGCUACUCUCCGCUGUUAAGUCACUCGGCUCCUCCCUCUCUGCUUACUCCGAACUCAAGCUGUCCAGUGAGGACUUGGCAGCGAUGGUGGCAGAAGCAAUCACAGGGCUGAAGGUCAACCCGGAGAUUGAAAGGGUUGAGCUGGAGUCAUGCCGGCUACAGCAGCUGAUUAUCGAAGCUGCUUCUGCUGCUGCCUCUGCACCUGCUGCGCACCAGCGCUCCGCCUCCUUCUCUGCUGCUUUUGAUGCUGACGACCUGGCUAUUGACGGCCCUGCUGCUGCCGAUGCCACUUCUGCUGCUGAUGCCACUGCUGCUGCCAAUGCCACUGCUGCUGCUGAUGGUGCUCCUGCUGCUGAUGCCACUGCUGCCAGUGGUAGCGCCGAUGGGGAUGGUGGUAGCUCCACUGGCUCAGGCACGGGAGCCAAACCUGUCGACUCUGCUGCUGACACAGAGGCUGAAGGUGGGGAAGGGACGCUGCUGCAGCAGGAGAAAGAGCAGGAGGGGGAGGAGCAGAAAGGAGAGGCAGAAGGGAGUUUACCAGAGGAAGUCAAGGAGGCUGCAGACAAUGCAAGCAAGGGCAACCAGGCAACAGCACAGGCAACAGCACACGCAACAUCACAUGCCACAGAACUUGCAGCAACGCAUGCAAAGGAAGCUGUAACGCACGUGAACGAGGUGGUAACCGCACGGUCACGCGACGCGCUGCGCCUAGGGCUGCGUCUGCUCGCCCUAGAGAAGAAAAAGGAAGUGCUUCUCCAGCUGGGGGACACGCCAGGGGACAGGGCGCUGAAGGUGGAGAGGGUGAGCAGCCUGGCAGCGGAGCUGAGUGAGAGCAUGGAGGGGCUCAAGAGGAAGGCGGAGGAGUGCCGGCAGCAGAGGCAGGAGGCGCUGGCGUACCGAUCGACCAAGUCGCAAGAAGCACGGGAGGCGGAGAAGCUGCUGCUAUCAGAGGCGCAGCAGGUGCAGAAGCGCAAGGAGGAGUUGGAGGAGGAGCUGAGGCGGGUGCAGGCGGCGCUGGACGGCGUGAAUCGGCGGCUGGUGAAGCUGGAGGAGGAGAAGGUGCUCUUCUCGCAGGCCAGCUCUGGGAUCGAGGCCCACCUUGCCUCAGAGGAGGAGUCCCUCACUCACUCCCUGUUCGAGCACGGGGAGGACGCCAAGGCGCUGGAGGGGUGGAAGAGCUUCCUACAGCAGUCAUGGCAGCUGCAGCAGGCGUGUGUGGAGGCGAGGGAGAGGCAGCUCAGGGACGAACUGAGCGAGCGCAAGGGCAAGUUGUGGGCUCUCGCACAGGGGCACGUGCGGCUGUGCAAGUCUGAGCUGCAAGCGUUUGGGCAGUCGGCCAGGUCCAUAGUGGAGCGACUCAAAGGGAUCAAAGCGAAGAGGGAGCAGGCGGAGAAGGAGGGUAAAGACGGGGCAGUGGCCGACAGCAAGCACCGGCGGCUGCAGUGGGAGGAGCGAUUCAUGGCAGCUGAGAUACAGGUGAAACGGUGCAUUGGAGAGUCAGAGAUAGCGAUGCGGGAGAUCAGAGCUUGGUUGGACACUCUCUCCCCCAGCGACAAUGCUCCCAAGCAAGCCGAAAUGCGCUGUUCUCUCGCCGAACUAGAGUCCUUGGUAGCUUCUGUCCGAGCCUUCGACCGCCCGAGCCUUUCUCUGGACCACCCAACAGUGCUCCGGGUGCAGAGGCUCGGCAAGUCCCCUGAUGCGUGGGCCUCUGCCGAAGCUGCCGGCAAAGGUUCAGCCUUCCCUGGUACGGUUGUGGUGGGCCCUCUCUCAGGGCGUACUGAUGCAGGCUCAGCUGCUAGUUAUGCUUCAGGUGGUGGUGGUGGUGAUGGUGGUGGUGGUGGUGGUGGUGGUGGUGGUGGUGGUGCUGCUGCUGCUGCUGCUGCUGCUACUGCUGCUGCUGCUGCUGCUGCUGCUAGUGCAGUUGGUGGUACGGCUGCCAGUGUUUCUGGCACCAGUGAUAGCAUACCGGCAGCAGGAGCAGCAGUGGGAAGACCAGAAGUUGCUGCUGCAGCAGUAGCACAGGAAGCUGCCUCUACAGACUCAGCUAAAUUGCUGAAGAAACCAGCACUUGUUAUUGGAGGAUCAGCAGCCGCAGGGGCAGGUGGGGCGGUACCAACAGGAACAGAGGAGAAUGUUCCCCCUACCCCGUUUGUGAUUUCGGGCGGGAUUCGUCGUCCUGUGGCUCCAGGGUUCAAGGAUAAUCAAGGCACGUCAAAACUGCCGCCCACAGGUGGGAGUGGUUCAGUGUAGGGCAAGUCGAGCAAGGAGAGUAAGGAGAGCAAGCGGAGUAAGAGUGGAGGAAUGGCCGAAGGGGAAGAUUCCUGUGCGGCAGUUGAUGGAAGUGGUGCAGAGUUGUAGUGCAUGGCACGGCUCAAUCAAAAAAUUCUUCACCCUAGAGGUCGAUGUGAUGAUUGCCAGCCAGGUGGUUGGUAGCAGUCAAGCUACCUCGUAGCAAUCAUAUCCGAAGAAUACAUAUUCAAAGAGAUAUACUUACCAGUAUCUAGAUGUCCACAGUAUGUAUUAUGUAGUCACUUACCGUAAUCCCCCGGAUAUAACACCCGCCGAAAUUAAGCACCCCCUGAGUGUUCUAUUCGGGGAGGGUGUUCUAUUGAAGAAUCCGC